GCGGCUGUUUCCGCUUCCGCCGAUUUCAGAGGCCGGAGUCUCUUGGGCUGAAAAUAUUAUGUUUACGUGCUGAAUAGAGGAGCAUUUAUAUAUCUGGUCACUUUCAGUGCUGAAAAGAAGGACGAAGGCGUGUUUGGGCGUUUUUCAGCAACUCGCUGUCGGCUCUCCCUCGAGUAGUUUGCAUACCGGACUGCAAGCCAACCCUGCUUUGUAAUGAGAUGAAAUGUCAACGUCAACAUUACAGAAAGCGAUUGACCUGGUAACAAAAGCCACAGAAGAAGAUAAAGCAAAAAACUACGAAGAGGCUCUCCGGCUUUAUCAGCAUGCAGUGGAAUAUUUUUUGCAUGCAAUUAAAUAUGAAGCACACAGCGAUAAAGCUAAGGAGAGCAUCAGAGGAAAAUGUGUGCAAUACCUAGACCGGGCAGAGAAGCUAAAAGACUAUUUAAAAAACAAAGAUAAACAUGGGAAGAAACCUGUUAAGGAAUCCCAGCAGAAUGACAAAGGUGGAAGUGACAGUGACAGUGAGGGAGAAAAUCCUGAAAAGAAAAAACUACAGGAACAGCUAAUGGGAGCCAUUGUUAUGGAGAAACCUAAUGUCCGAUGGAAUGAUGUUGCUGGAUUGGAAGGUGCAAAAGAAGCCCUUAAAGAAGCAGUCAUUUUGCCUAUAAAGUUCCCACAUUUAUUUACAGGAAAGCGAACCCCUUGGCGUGGAAUCCUACUCUUUGGACCCCCUGGAACUGGGAAGUCCUACCUUGCGAAGGCUGUGGCCACUGAGGCUAACAAUUCAACUUUCUUUUCUGUGUCAUCUUCAGAUCUUAUGUCUAAAUGGCUUGGAGAGAGUGAGAAACUUGUAAAAAAUCUCUUUGAUUUGGCACGUCAGCAUAAGCCUUCUAUUAUUUUCAUUGAUGAAGUGGAUUCACUAUGUGGCUCAAGAAAUGAGAAUGAGAGUGAAGCUGCUCGGAGGAUUAAAACUGAAUUUUUAGUUCAAAUGCAAGGGGUGGGCAACAACAAUGACGGAAUCCUUGUCCUUGGAGCCACCAAUAUCCCUUGGGUUUUAGAUGCUGCCAUUCGAAGGAGAUUUGAAAAGCGGAUUUAUAUUCCAUUACCCGAGGAGCCAGCACGAGCUCAGAUGUUCAGACUUCAUUUGGGAAACACUCCGCAUAACCUUUCAGAAGCUGAUCUACGAGAACUAGCACGAAAGACAGAUGGCUAUUCUGGAGCAGACAUCAGUAUUAUUGUACGAGAUGCUCUCAUGCAGCCUGUACGCAAAGUUCAGUCAGCGACACAUUUUAAAAAGGUACGUGGUCCAUCCCGAACAAACCCAAAUAUCAUUGUGGAUGACCUUUUAACCCCAUGCUCUCCUGGUGAUCCUGAAGCAAUAGAAAUGACUUGGAUUGAUGUUGCAAGUGACAAACUUCUGGAACCAAUCGUGUGCAUGUCUGAUAUGCUGAGAUCCCUAGCCACCACCAGACCCACUGUAAAUGCCGAAGACCUUCUCAAAGUGAAGAAGUUUACAGAAGAUUUUGGACAAGAAGGUUGAUGGAAUAAAUACAAAAAUAAAACUAUUUCCUUAUCACUUCCAUCACUACCACGGCUACUUAUUAAAUACUGCUAAUUAUCUUGCCCUCUGACUUUAUAAUAACUUGGGCUGAAUCAUUGAUAAAAUGCUUUGCUAUAUACUGUGACAGAGAAAAGAGAAAUCUGUAUUACUGACAAAUCCAUCAUGUGUUUUGAGAAUUCACUUAAUUAAAUCGUAAAAACUACUUCUUUAAAAUAGACAUCUUAAAACAUCAAAAUCUUUGGUUGUGAUUUUGUAAAAAAAUUAAAGGAAAAAGAAAAGUAAAGGAAAGCUGUUCAGGUAAAUGCCAAAUCAGGUCAUUAAAUUAUGUACUGUACAUUAAGUGGCAUCAAAACUGAAACAACCACAUUCUUUUUGGUUCAGCAGUUAUAGAUUUACAGUUUUUAAUAUGUCCCAGGCUAAUCUAAAUUGUUAUUUAAAAAAGAUUUUCAAUUUAAAUUUUUUUUUCACUUUGACGAAAUAAAUGUAUCCGAUGCUAAUCAAGUGGGAGAAAAAUAGUAAAAAUACAUUGCAACAUUUGUAACCUAACAACAAAAAUAUGUUUGUUUUUUUGCAGACGAGGGACAGUAGUUUUAUUAACUCCGGGAAAUUUUCUGUGCCUCACGGAUGGCCUUUCUUGUUGCUUCAUGGAGUUUGUUGGUAUUGCAGUCAGAUGGGUAUUGUCAUGGUAUAAAUGAUUAAGAGCCCCAACAUUAUUACUUUAUUUUAGCUCAGGAAGAAUGAGAACAUAAAGGGUGAGUAGUUCUGAUUGUAAAUUUUUGCCACUGAUUAUAUCAGUGCAGUUUCAAAAAGUUAGGAAAAUAAGCACAGUCUUUGUAGUUCUGCCUUAAGGAAUGCUGCUUAUUUCCAAAAGACCCAUUAUCUAGUAAAUUGUUCUAAAUGAGAAAUUUUACUGCAAUAGGUUUGUUUGUUACAAAAGAUGCUGGAAAUGCAGUUAAUACAGGCCACAUACAUGCAGAGUAAGCAUGCUGCCUGGUAAGUCCUUAGCGGAGUCUGGAUGGUGCCUUUGAGUUCACUGUAAAUUCUGUAUGUUCCUGUGAUACUUGUAAUUAGUGAUUACAGUCAGAGAGUAGAGGGGCUUCACGAAUCAUUUUGAUGGAUGAGUUUGAAAGUAGACAGAUUUCAUUAAAUAGGUUUCUUUAUACAUUUUGUUUUUAUUUGUGUGCUUAAACCAUUUUUGAUAUUUUGGUUUAACACUAAAAAUAGAAGAGUUUCAAUCAGAAAUUUUGCAUUAUGGAAUUUGGUUUCAGCUGAGGUUAAAAUCUCAUUUAAUUUAUUAAGUUAAUUUUUUGCUUUUCGUUUUGUAGCACAAUUUACUAGUGUAGCUUGGAGAAUUGUAACAUUUGUUUAUAAAAUACAUCAAGCUAGUGUGUUUUUCUAUAAUACACUAUAAUCAUAAAUGUUUAAAAUUUUAAGGGCAUAUUCUGAAAAUUACAAAUACCCUUUUUCUGUGAUAGUCAGCAUAUAUCAAUGAUGUUGGGUGGUUACAGAUUUGAAUGCUUUUGUUAAAUAUAAAAAUCUAAUUUAAAAACUGUUUUACUUGUUAUUUUUUCCUACACUACUACAUGGUAUCAGUUAUUAAAAUUUUAAACAAGCAUAAUUCUAAAAACAAAGUUAAACUAGAAGGAAUGCAUUUUAAUAAUCAAAAUGACUUAAGCAAGCUGAUUUGAACUGUGACCCAGAAAAGCACACAGAAUAUUUGAACCUUUGUAUAGUAAAAAUUUAGUCAAGAGAGGAAAUUAAGAAAUACAUGUAUAAACUGUCUGUAUUGUUUGCAGUGUACAGUGUAGUUUCAUAAUUUUCACUGUUCUUUUUAUUUCUAUUAUUGGAAGUUCAGUUUAAGAAGCGGCUCAAUUGUCUCAUAAAAUGUGUCCUUCAGAAAUUCUUUCAUGACCUAAAUUUUUUCAAUAUUGUAUUUUUUCUUUUUAUUUAUUCUGUUUACUAGAAAAAAAACUUUUCCACAUAUAAAGUCUUUUAUUUUCUACACUGAAAUAUAAUAUAUAAUUAGAUGCAGUUUUCACUAGUAUUCUUUCAUUUAAACCCUUACCAUGAUUGGAAAACAUUACUGGUUUAUUGGAUGCAUAUUGCAAAACAACAUUUUUAUUUAUCACAGCAAGAAAUUUGCACAUUAAAUGGGCAGCUACCAAAAAUUCUGUGUUAUAUUCUUUCUUUUUUAAUUUUCAUUCACAGGAAUAAAGGGCUACUACAGUAUAUAUUCAUUGACCAUAUAAUUUAUUGCAAUUGCAAAAGGCUUCAUUUAUUUUUGAAAAUGUGUUCAGUGAAAUUAAAAGCACUUCGUAGUU